AUGUUCCAAGAAACCUUGAGGAUCGGCACACCAAGGUCACUGGAGAUUGGUGCUCCUACGAGUGUGAGCUCCAGUCAGACCAGUCGUGAGCAGGCCGGUGCUGGCAAGCGAGGGACUACCUGGGCUACCCCUGGACUGAAGUCGGAUCAUUACCGUCCCGUCGACACGUUUGAAGGACUUGAGAAAUAUGAUCCCGACUUCGAAGGGAAACCUGAGGAGGAGAGGAAGCGGAUGUGCACAUUCGUGUGCCUCAUAUUCUUCGCGUUCCAGCUAGACAGAGGCAACAUCAGCCAGGCACUCUCGGACAAUAUCCUAGACGGCCUUGGAAUGAACACUAAUGAGUACAACUACGACCAGGUUAUCUUCUUCAUUUGCUUCCUAUACGCUGAGCUUCCUUCGCAACUCAUCAGCAAGAAGAUUGGACCUGACAAGUGGAUCCCAAUCCAGAUGGUUUCAAGGAGCCUUGUCGCCAGUAUGCAGGCUUUCCUCAGUGGUAAGAGCUCCUUCUACAAAUACCGUGCUCCCCUCGGACUCAUUGAAGGCGGCUUCAUCCCAGACAACAUUCUUUACCUUAGUUACGAGCAGAUCUCAGCCUACGUUCUAUUCAUCAUCCAACUCUUGUUCUGGACCUGGGUAUCUGAGAGGGUCAAUGACCGCUUCCUCGUCAGCCUCGUCUCCCAAAUCUGCGCCCUCCCUCUUCUCAUUGCCCUGGAACGCAUAUCUCCCAACACUUCCCCAUGGUCUCGCUGGAUCCUGGCUAUCAUGCUCGUUUGCCAUCCUUACGUGCAAGCCAUCACUUCGCGCAAUUCAAGCACAGUCCGGGCACGCACCGUUGCUUCUGCCCUGUACUACAUGACAGUGCAGGCGUCAAGUAUCUUCUCGCAGAAUAUCUAUCGCGAAGAUGAUAAGCCGCUGUAUCGCUGGGGUAAUAAGGUGCUGAUUGCGGUUUGCGCGUACAACUUUGCGCUGUUAAUUGGUGCAAAGGUCUUCUAUGUGACGAUCAACAAGAGAAGAGAGGCGGUGUGGAGUUCUAUGUCGAGGGAGGAUAAAAAUACGUAUUUGGAUACCACGAAAGACGAGCAACAAGCGCCUAGACUCCAGGUUUGCGCAUUAAGCUGUCUAGCUUAG